AUGUGGCCUCAAAACACAUUCGACAUCGAGACCGCGAAGCAGCGUAAGGAUGCUACGACUAAGUUCGCCGACAAGAAGAAUCCUAUUCGUGUCCUGGUCAGCAGUAUCCCCGUCGCCGGUCAAGCCUUCAACUUCCAGGAAGAGGAAGCACUUAUCCUCAUCCUCCUUGCACAUAACACCUUCGACCAGGUCAUCGCAGCUAGGACCGAGGUAAAGCAACUCCCGAUUAUUGCCGGAGCCGCUCGCCUUGUCGCCGAGCAGCAUAAGGUUAAACAGCUGAUGCGUGACGAGGAAAUUCCGGAGAAGGACUGGCAGCUCAAGUACCCAUCCUACAAAUCCCAGGUCAUACACGAAAAGGCUGCCCGCAUAUACAGAAUGCUCAUCGGCUCGCGUGCCGACCACCUAAAAGGCUUAGAAGGAGCAAUGUGUAGCCAACUGGACCAAGGAUCUCGCCGCCGCGAAUGCCCGGACUCUAUGCUCGCCGCACUUAAGGCCGGCACCAUCGGCACUCCGAUCGCUACGACCGCGAGCGUUAAGAAGAAGGUACCAUUCCGGGUUAACCUAAGCGCCAGAAAGGCGGCCGACUCCUCGCCCGUCUCUACGCCAUCCACCCCUACACCCGGCCAAGCAGGCGUCGAAGCUGAAAAAGUUGUCCACCGACAACUUUUCCUUCAAUCCUCUCCUCAAACCCCUGAGCUCGUCCCGGAGCCGCACAUCGCGGACGCUGAAGUCGACAUGAUGGACGUUGUCGGAGAUGAGCCCACCCAGCAGGCUCCCAUCCCCAAGAAGAGAAAGCGCGCAGAGAAGGAGAAGACCCUCCCAGACCCCGGCCCCAAGAGACAGCGCAAGGAGAAGGAGAAGCCGACCCUAGGUACCACUAAGAAGAGAAGCCUCCGUUCCUAG